CUCUUCCCUCUACGAGCUAAUGAAAAGUGCUAGCGACACAGAGCCUCCAUUGGCUGUCCCGACUGCCGAGGCUGGCAGGCAGUGGCGACAGGGAAGGACCGGACCGACGGACCUUUAGGUGGAAAUACCGAGGGAAUACGAGGAACUGGGUGGAAACGAGGGGAAUAUAGCUUUUUUAUCUACAGUUUGGGAUUUCCAAACGGACAAGAGCCUCGCUAACGUUUAAUGUUAGCUGGAAGUUUCCGAGUCGAGCCGUGAUGUGGUGACGCGACUCCACCGAAUCCGACGGGAAGCUAACAUUAGCUGAUGUGCUAACGUUACUUGAUAGAAUAAUCAUUACAGCUGAGCUUUGGACACCUAUGUCAGGAUUUUUUACUCUUUUUAUUGUCCGAGACUAUGUAAGAUUAAAAAAUCUUUAAAGAUUUUAUCAUGUUGUCUACUUUUAUACAAAAUAGAACCCAUACUUGGAGAACUAUUUGACGGUUUUCUUAGCUAAGUUAAUAUAUGAAACUAGCAAUAUUAGCUAUCUAGCCGGCUAGUAGCUAACGUUGGCUAGCUGUCGACUUUAAUACUGAGUUCAAGCCAAAGAAUUUUGCUUUUGAAGUUAGCUGAAGCUAGCAAGGCUAAAAGUGUUUCAGCGUCAUAUAACUGUCAUCAUCUGCGUACAUUUUAUGUUUUUUUUGUUUUGGUCACUGAAGUUCAAUUCUGAAGAUGAUCAUUUGUUUUGUAAAGCGACGAUAAUAUACUUUACUCUCACAUCCAGAUAUGCAAUGAUCGAAUCACCAGCUUACUUAAUGCUAGCUUGCUAACGCUGAGUUAGCCGGCCAAACUUGGAAUACUGCCCCCCUACUCACUUAACGUGGGUUUCGCUCCGAGGCCUUUAAGAAAUUAUCCUUCUCUACCGAGAAGCCUUAAUGAAUCCCAGACCCUGAGUGGAUUUUAUGUUUUUUGAACGACUGUGGAUCUUUUUGACAUUUGGUACAUUUAAUCAACCGGUAAACACUACACGACUUUCACUUGUCAUAAAAUAUCGCGGAUUACAAAGAAGUUUGGAUAAAGGCUUUCUUCAAAGAUGAUGUGCGAGGUGAUGCCCACCAUCAGUGAGGCUGAAGGGCCUGGAGGAGGAAGUGGGCGGCGGGGCUCUGGGUCUCCACUACAGUCAGACUCAGAAGGUCAUUUUGAGUCUCUGAUGGUGUCCAUGCUUGAGGAGAGGGACCGUCUUCUUGAGACUCUGAGAGAGACCCAGGAGAAUCUGGGCCUGACUCAGGGCAAGCUGCAUGAAGUUAGCCAUGAAAGGGACUCACUGCAGAGACAGCUUAACACUGCUUUACCACAAGAGUUUGCUGCACUAACAAAGGAGGUGAAUAUUUGCCGGGAGCAACUUCUGGAGAAAGAGGAGGAGAUUGCAGAGCUGAAGGCUGAGAGGAACAACACUCGGCUCCUGUUAGAACAUCUGGAGUGUCUGGUGUCUCGCCAUGAGCGUAGUCUAAGGAUGACAGUGGUGAAGAGACAAGCUCAGUCCCCAGCUGGGGUCUCGAGUGAAGUGGAGGUCCUCAAAGCCCUUAAGUCACUCUUUGAACACCAUAAAGCUCUGGAUGAGAAGGUAAGAGAAAGACUGCGUGUUGCCUUGGAAAGAUGCAGCGCCUUAGAAGAGCAACUUACCAUUUCACAUAAAGAAUUGGCUUACCUCAGGGAACAGAGCAGCCAGAAGAGGGGGCUGGCAGAUGGAACCAGUGAAGUCAACCACCACUCUGACACCACACCAAGCACUAACGGCAAGAGGUCUUCAGAUGGUUCACUGAGUCAAGAGGAGGACUUGGGUCCUGGACUGGGUAAGGUGGGUGAACUUCAGGAGGUUGUGGAUCGUCAGACAGCUGACUUGGGCCAAAUGAAGGAGCGCAUGGCUUCUAUGGCAUCACGUAUCAAUGAACUAGAGGAGGACCUAGAUACAGCUCGGAAGGAUCUCAUCAAAUCUGAAGACAUGAACACACGACUGCAAAGAGACCUGAGGGAGUCAAUGGCUCAGAAGGAAGACAUGGAGGAGAGGAUAACCACUCUGGAGAAACGCUACCUAGCAGCUCAGCGGGAGGCUACCUCUGUCCAUGACCUCAAUGACAAACUGGAGAAUGAAGUGGCCAACAAGGAGUCCCUCUUUAGACAAACUGAGGACAGAAAUCGUCAGCUUCAGGAGAAGCUGGAGUUGGCUGAGCAAAAGCUGCAGCAGACUAUCCGCAAAGCAGAGACUCUGCCUGAGGUGGAAGCUGAGCUUGCCCAGAGGGUAGCUGCUCUCACAAAGUGUGUUCUGUGUGGCACUAAAGGCGCUAAGACCCAGAAAAAGGCAGAGGAACGCCAUGGCAACGUGGAGGAGAGACUGAGGCAGAUGGAGGCCCAGCUGGAGGAGAAAAACCAGGAGCUGCUCAGGGCUCGUCAGCGAGAAAAAAUGAAUGAGGAGCACAACAAGCGUCUGUCUGAGACAGUGGAUAAGCUUCUGUCAGAGUCCAACGAGAGGCUCCAACUCCAUCUCAAAGAGAGGAUGUCUGCUCUUGAGGAUAAGAAUGCCCUCAUAAGAGAACUAGAUCACACCAAAAAGUUAAUUGAGGAGUCUCACCAUGAGAAGGAGCAGCUCCUGAUCCAGAUUGAGACAAUGAGAGCAGAGAAUGAGCAGGGUAGAAGCAGAAGUAACUCUCUGCUACAUGGACGGUCUCAGCUGGGCAGCACUCCAGACUUCAGGUACCCAGUGUCAGCUUCAUCGAUGAUGGACAGCAACUCAGACCACUAUGGCAGCGCGCUUGUACUGAGGAGGCCUCAGAAGGGAAGGGUGGCAGCGUUGAGGGAUGAGCCAUCCAAACGACAUGUGCAGACUCUAAAUGAGCAGGAGUGGGAGCGCAUGCAACAGGCCAAUGUCUUGGCAAAUGUGGCCCAGGCUUUUGAGAGUGAUAUGGACGCCUCAGACCUGGAAGAAGACCGGGAGACAAUUUUUAGCUCGGUGGACCUGCUGUCCCCUGGUGGCCAGGCUGAUGCACAGACGCUUGCCUUAAUGCUGCAGGAGCAACUUGAUGCCAUCAACAAUGAAAUCAGAAUGAUCCAAGAGGAGAAGGAGAGCACAGCCAUUCGGGCAGAGGAGAUCGAGUGUCGAGUGGGCAGCGGUGAUAGCCUGGGAGGCCGUUUCCGCUCCAUGAGUUCCAUCCCUCCAUCGUUGUGUGCUGGCUCCUCAUUGGGCGGCUCUCCUCCCGGCUCUGGAAACUCCACCCCUAGACGCAUUCCCCGUAGCCCCAACAGAGAACUGGACCGCAUGGGUGUCAUGACCUUGCCUAGUGACCUGCGCAAGCAUCGCAGGAAGUCAGCUCAGGAUGACAAGGCCACUAUCCGAUGUGAGACGUCGCCCCCUACCACUCCACGCUCGAUGCGCCUCAACAGGGAGGUGGGUCAUGCUGCCAGCCACGAGGACAUCCGAGAUUUUAGAGGUCUGACUGGCCUGCAGGACGGUCAGGGCAGUAACCCCAGCAGCAGUAACAGCAGCCAAGACUCCCUCAACAAAGCAGCCAAGAAGAAAAGCAUCAAGUCUUCCAUUGGCCGCCUCUUUGGGAAGAAGGAGAAGGGCCGACCCAGUAUUCCCGGCAAGGACUCGCCCGGCCAAGCUGGUACUCCUGAGGCAGAGACCUCUCCAAAGGAUGGCUUAGGAAUGGGAACCCUGUCAGGCCCUGCAGAGAAAAACCGAAAACUGCAGAAGAAUCCAAAGACAGGGCAUGAAUUACUGGAGGAAGCUCGUAGGCAGGGCCUACCAUUUGCCCAGUGGGAUGGACCAACAGUUGUGGUUUGGCUGGAGCUGUGGGUGGGUAUGCCUGCGUGGUACGUGGCUGCAUGCCGUGCCAACGUGAAGAGUGGAGCCAUUAUGUCAGCGCUGUCAGACACAGAGAUUCAACGGGAGAUCGGAAUAAGCAACCCAUUACAUCGUCUCAAACUUCGGCUGGCUAUCCAAGAAAUCAUGUCUCUCACCAGCCCUUCUGCUCCGCCCACUUCAAGAACGACCACAGGAAACGUUUGGGUCACACAUGAAGAAAUGGAAACUUUGGCAGCCACACCUCCCACGGAGGAUGACGAGGGUAGCUGGGCCCAGACAUUGGCAUAUGGAGACAUGAAUCACGAGUGGAUCGGUAAUGAGUGGCUGCCCAGUUUGGGUUUGCCUCAGUACCGCUCUUACUUCAUGGAGUCCCUGGUGGACGCCCGCAUGCUCGACCACCUCACCAAAAAGGACCUCAGAGGACAACUCAAAAUGGUUGAUAGCUUCCACAGGAACAGUUUUCAGUGUGGAGUCAUGUGUCUGAGGCGGCUCAACUAUGACAGGAAAGAGCUGGAGAGGCGAAGAGAUGACUCACAGCUUGAACAAAAAGAUGUGCUGGUAUGGAGUAAUGAGCGUGUAAUCAGCUGGAUUCAGGCCAUUGGGCUCAAAGAGUACAGUAGUAACCUUUAUGAAAGUGGAGUGCAUGGAGCGCUGCUGGCUCUGGAUGAAACCUUCGACCACAACACGCUGGCCCUGCUCCUCCAGAUCCCCACACAGAACACACAGGCCAGAGCAGCUCUGGAGCGUGAAUUCAACAGUCUGCUGGCCAUUGGCACAGAACGGAGAAUGGAAGAGGAUGAUGAUAAGAACUUCCGUCGCGCUCCGUCAUGGAGGAAAAAGUUCAGGCCCAAAGACAUGAGGGGGAUGUCCUUGGGUACAUCCGAUACCCUGCCCGCUAACUUCAGAGUGACCGGCAGCAGCGCAGCAUCUCCCUCGACACAGCCAAAGAGGAGCCCCAUGGACGGAAGUCAGUCUAUACAGAGGCUGGACACUGCCACAGUCAGGACCUACUCUUGUUAACACACAACACAACGUUUAUCCUCAUUAUUUCUAUAGGUAACCGCUGGUCAGAAGAUGAUGGGGAAUUCCCUGCAUUUAAAACCAGGAUGAUGAACUGAACUUUCAAAGACACUAAAUGUUUUUUCAACACAGAGAAAGACUGUACUCACCUCAGUAUCCCUAGAGGAAACUUUAUAGAUUUAUCUACGUUUGUUAUAAUAUUUAUGUAAACCAAUGGGACAUUUAAUUGAUUUUUAGAAUUUCUAUGUAAUCCUUUUUUGCCUCUUUUUCUCUUAACCAACCACAGUUAAAAGAGUUUCCCCACUGUGCCCAUAUUAAGCUCAGCUCUCAGAUGUAUGUAACUGAAUGUGUCUGGAGUUUGUACAUUUCUACCAACAGACAUUUUAUGUAAUCUUUUUUAUAAUCCUGAUUCUAUUGACCAGAUGUAUGUUUUUUCUCUUUUUGAUUUAAAUUCUAAUCAAUGAAUUUUAAGUGACUUUGAUAUGUGAUAUAACUUAAUUCUAUAUCCUCUGCCCUUUUUAUCUGUUCUAAGUUUUGUAGCUCCUGACUUGUGAUUCUAUGUAAAUGCAGCUCUUAGGUCAACAGAUGUGUGAAUAUCAGACAAAUUGCUGGAGUUGUCAAACUGUUUCACAAACUUCGCAAAAACACUGUGAGUCGUUCUUCACCUUUUAUAAAAGAACUACUGGCAAGCCAGGUGUUGGUGACAACAGAUUAAGUGAAACGGUAUUUUUCCCUUUCUCCUCUUUAUCUUCCAUACCUUCGAUACCAAAAUGAUUUAAGUAACGAAUUAAAGCCAUAUGACAGUAGCAAAAACAAACAGGGCUACUCCUCGGAUGCAAGCAAACAGAAUUCCAGGUUUUCCCCAGUGGACCUUGCAUGCAGAAGCACCCUUUACAAAACCAGCCUUCCUCACCUCUGGAGGGACACACAAGCGGACUCACUUGUAAAGGACGACUUCAAACCUUGACACGGAUCCAAAGUGUAGCGCCCCCCCGCCCCCCCCCCCCCCCCCCUUCAAAGGACCAACUUCACUGAGGCCUCAGCCGAUCCCCGCUGUGAUGACAUAUCCUUCAAAGCGGAGCGAUCCACCCACAAACCUUUUCUUAAAACACUUUAUAUGAAGACUUCAUAUCAAGCCUUAUCAUUUCUUAACUCCUUUGUUUCUUCUGAUAUCUUAUUUAUUAAUUCACUUAAUGUUUUGUCAGUUACUCGUUAAGUCCAUUUUAUUCCACUGAAUAUUUCCACGCUCCUCGUGUCUAAAUUUGUCUCGUCUGUGCUUCAAACACAGGUUCCACAGUUUUCACGGCAAAUGAACAGGAACCGUAGAGUUUUCUCUCAUCUUACAUGUAGUGCAUCAAGUAGAAAUGCUUCUUCUGUUUUGAUUUUAGUCAUUUAUGCACAAUUGAAAUCAUGUUGCUGUUUUUCUUCUGCUCCUCCAGUUGAAUCUCCUGAUCCUGUAACAAUGAUGUACAGUCUGAGUACUUAUAAACUAUUUUUAUCACAGUAUUAUUUAUUGCUUACUUUCAAUAAAAUACUGAAACUUAUUUUCCACUGCAUUUGAAAA